AUGACUCACAUGCUUUGGCUGUACUGCUUCGUGUUUCUUAUGCCCACAGAGUCUUGCAGGAUGUUAUGCCAGGUUGCCAACAAAAGCAAGGAGAAGAUCUCUGCCAGGCCACAUGGUGUAUGUGAUGGUGUCUGUGUAGACAAUUCCCACUGUAGCCAACCUUGCCCUCCUGACACUCAGGGGAAUAUGGGGUUUUUAUGCAGGCAAAAGAAAUGGUACAAGAUCACUGAAACCUGCCGGACUCUUAAUGCCUUCAACAUCUUUGAGACAAAUUCCUAUUCGGGUCAGCCAUUCGGAGGAAAUACAAUAGAAAAAGAGCAUGCCAGAAAGUCUGAGACCAUCACAGACAUGCUGAUGCAAAAGUGUCCGGAGGAUUUGUCCUGUGUACUCAGGAACAUUCAGCGGUCUCCCCGGAUCCCGGGAAACAUCGCUGUCAUCGUGCAGCUCCUACACAACAUAUCCACGGUGCUAUUGACGGGUGUUGAUGAGGCGAAGAUGAAGAGUUACAGCGUCAUGGCCAACCACAUUCUUAACAGCAAGAGCAUCUCAAACUGGACCUUCAUCCCCGAAAGAAACAGCAGCUGUGUCUUGCUACACUCGGUCAAUUCCUUUGCAAGAAAGCUAUUUAUAAGUAAGUAUCCCAUUGACAUAUCAGACGUCUUCAUUCAUACUACGGGCACCACCAUAUCCCGAGACAACGCUGGCAAGAAUUUCACUUUUUCAAUGAGAAUUAAUGACACAGGCCGUGAGGUCACCGGGCAGGUGCUGAUCGGUAGAGAUGAACUUCAGAACGUGCCCGCUCCUUCCCAGGCCGUCAGCAUUGCAUUUCCGACUCUUGGGGCCAUCCUAGAGGCCAGUCUUUUGGAGAAUGUCACCGUCAAUGGGCUUGUCUUGUCUGUCAUUUUGCCCAAGGAACUGAAAAGAAUCUCGCUGAUUUUUGAAAAGAUCAGCAAGUCGGAGGAGAGGAGGACCCAGUGUGUUGGCUGGCACUCCCUGGAGAGCAGAUGGGACCAGCAGGCCUGUCAAAUAAUUCAAGAAAACUCCCAGCAAGCUGUUUGCAAAUGUAGGCCAAGCAAGUUGUUUACCUCCUUCUCCAUUCUUAUGUCACCCCACAUCUUGGAGAGCCCGAUCCUGAUUCAUAUCACGUACAUAGGCCUGGGCAUCUCGAUUUGCAGCUUGAUCCUUUGCUUGAUCAUCGAGGCCUUGGUCUGGGGCCAAGUGACGAAGACAGAGAUCUCAUACUUACGCCACGUGUGCAUCGCCAACAUCGCGGCCACCUUGCUGAUGGCUGACGUGUGGUUCAUUGUGGCUUCCUAUCUCAGUGGUCCUGUGACACACCACAAUGGGUGUGUGGCAGCAACAUUUUUUGUUCAUUUCUUUUACCUUUCUGUGUUUUUCUGGAUGCUUGCCAAGGCACUCCUUAUCCUCUAUGGAAUCCUGAUUAUUUUCCGUACACUGCCCAAAUCAGUCCUGGUGGCUGCUCUCUUUUCAGUCGGCUACGGGUGCCCUUUGCUCAUUGCUGCUGUUACGGUUGCUGCCACUGAGCCCAGCAAAGGCUACCUACGACCUGAGGCCUGCUGGCUCAACUGGGACAUGACCAAGGCCCUCCUGGCCUUCGUGGUCCCAGCCCUGGCCAUCGUGGUCGUAAACCUGAUCACGGUCACACUGGUGAUUGUCAAGACCCAGCGCGCUGCCAUUGGCAGUUCCAUGUUCCAAGAGGUGAGAGCCAUUGUGAGAAUCAGUAAGAAUAUCGCCAUCCUGACACCGCUGCUGGGGCUGACCUGGGGAUUCGGGAUAGCCACUGUCAUCGAUGACAGCAUCCUGGCCUUCCACAUUAUCUUCUCCUUGCUCAAUGCGUUCCAGGGCUUCUUCAUCUUGGUGUUUGGAACAAUCCUGGAUCCCAAGAUAAGAGAAGCUUUGAAGAGUCGAGUAACUUCUGCAAAAUGGGUCUCCAGAAUAUCUGAGGUAAAGCCUUCAUACUCGUUAUUGCAUGUGGAGGGUUCCUAA